AUGGCCUCAGCACCCCAUGGUGUACCUCAGGUUCCUGCUUCUCUUCUUGGUCUGCGGCCGACUUCGGAUCUGCCAGAGCAGCACGCGACCAUGACCAAGGAGAAGAGCUUCCGUCAUCAAUACCAGCAAACCACUAUGAGGCUCAGUGGAGAAGAUACCACACUCGCCGAUGUAGUCAACUCGCUUGCGCGUCGGGGCAGCGAUGACCUUACAGGCUCUCGCGUGUCAGAUACCGACUAUGCUAGCCUGUUGGAGUGGAUCCGGUGCGAAAGGAUGAGGAAGCUGCCACCGGAAGGGAGUCGAUACGACAAGGCCCUUGUGUGGGCGGCCUUGUUCAUCGAGCGCGUGCAUUCCUUCGAUAUAGGAAUCGAGCAAUUUGCGGGCGACAGCCACCUCGCUGCCCAAUUAUCGUAUGGCUACUGUGCGAGCCUGCUGGAGUUGGGCGAGGAAAACGCGCCUGCCCUUAUGGACCUAUUUGGAUUCUUCUACCGCUGCUCUGCCGGUCUCGGCAACCUGCUCGAUCGUGCAGAGCUCUUUGUUGUCUCUUCAGAUAUCAAGGACCAGCUCAUCCUUGCGUUGGCGGAUCUGGUGACUCUUGUCGUCUGCGUGGCCAGGCACUUCCAUCGGUCAUUACUUGCCUCGGAAUUGGUAUCGAUUGAUAUUUAUAGUACCUUUCCCGGUCCGAUCGACAGUUUUCGUGGUCGUUGUGAGCACGUUUCGGAACUUAUGUGGCGUCAUCAAUUGACGCGAGAGGGCCUUGAUGGCGAUGAAGCCGUCGGAAUCAAUGCCCUUAGAGACUGGUUGCAGCCCGAAGACCCGGUGGUUGCGCACGUCACUGAAGCCACAGCUCCCUCGGCUCAGGAGCGCGAGGAGGCCACUUGCAUGUGGGUGAAGCCAUACCUGAUGCGCUUCUUAAAAGGCGAGCAGCAGGUGCUCUCCAUCACCGGCAAGCCGGGCUCCGGCAAGACGGUUUUGUCGACUGUGAUCAACGAUUAUCUGCAAUAUUCUGUAGGAGGGACAAGUUAUAUGUCCAUAUUGGCCCCCAUCAAUGGUCGGAUCCCCGCAAACACCACCCCGGGUGCCGUCGCCAAGACGAUCAUGUCGCAAAUGUUUAACAAGCGCAUCGGAAACCUGCAGCUGUACGAAAUCUUGGCCGACGCUUACAACCAGAGCAAGUGGACUGUAAAUGAAGAGUCGUACGACGAUCUCCUAUGGAAUGCCCUGGGAAGUGCUCUCCAGACCAGUACGGCGGGCACGAGAGAGCUAGUCCUAGUCGUCGACGGCGUCGACGAAGCCAGCUGUGGGGAGAAAGCCCUGUUGCACCGGCUCCAGGAGGCGGCAUCCAAGGCACCUAGUGUGAAGCUGAUCAUACUCGCAUCCCAGGCAAUGGAGUCGGUCAUAUCCCAGACGGUGCUGCGUGUCACGCUAGGCCUCAUCUUCGACGACAUUGCCGCAGUCGUCCGCAAAGUGCUUCAUCAGAGCCAUGUGUACAACAACAUGUCUAGCGAGGAAAAGGAGGUAACCGUUGCUCGGGUCACGGAAGCAUCCGAUGGCUCCUUCCUUUGGGCAAAGCUGGCUGCCAAGCGUGUGCGCGAUGAGCACUUGCCAAAUGAGGCCGCUCUUUCCAAGUCUGUGGAAAGUAUUGUCCGAGCAGGAUAUAAGAUUCCCGAUCUUAUCUCCCACACCUUGCAGUCCAAGCUGGGCGAGGAUACGAAGAAGACUCUGGUCUGGCUGGCCACCGCGAACCGCCCUCUCACCCAGGGGGAACUGGCUGCUCUUCUCGCCACUCAGCCUGACAAGGCCACGCUCGCCGAGCAUCGCAACGUUGACCUCCCUCACCUAUUGAAACCAGUCGCCUCGCUCGUCUUCUUCCACAACAACUUGGUCUAUCUUAGGCACGCACAGGUGCGCACCGCUAUCAUCGAUAUCUCCUCGAAAGGCAAAUUCCUGCCUGAGAUUAAGGACAGACAUGUGGACUUUGCGCAGAGACUUCUACAGUACGCAAAACAGACCGCGACCGACAACCAUGAGCUCUCCUUGGAUCCGCUGAAUGGACGGGCGACGGAAAACCUGUUCAAGAAACAUCCCCUGUUGGACUUCGCGCUUCGUUACUGGGCAGGCUAUGUUAAGAUUGCGUUUGGGUGCACCAACAACCAAGAGCUUACUACCGCAAGCAAGAGUUUGCGAUCCGUAUUCCCUACAAGCUCCUCUGUGCCACUCCUGGAGAUGACUGUGUGGGCAAGCAAGGCAACACCGUUGCUUCGGUCCAUUUAUGGGAUUCAGACAACCCUGUACCGCCAAAUAUUGAAUAACAAUCACCCAGCUACUCUGCAAGCUAUCAUCUGCCAGGUGCUAUUUCACCGACAGAUCUGUAACAGCGUGCCUGCCGAGAGCAGUCAGAUCUUCUACGAGGCGGCAACAAUCAGCGAGAAGGUCUUAUCUGUACGGCAUCUCAUCACUAUGCAGAUGACCCAGUUCUUCCUGGAAGCUACAGUUGAUCAAAUCACUGAGUCCAAGACGGAAGUCAUGACCCGGCGCAUCGAAAUGCUCCAGCUAAUGGUGGAAUGCCAGAAGGUCCACCACGGAGCGACAAGUGAUAUGGUCAAGUCCACGUUGAGACAGCUAUCUGAGCAUUAUACUCUCACCAAGGAGGAUCACAAGGCCCAGAAGGUCAAUGCCUCUCUUGAAGGGUCCUUCGUCGAUAGUACGAUCCGGCGGAGUGGAUCUCGGCAGAUAGACGAGUCAUUGCUGGUCCACCUCCACGGCCGGAAGCACACUACGACAGAGACAAGCACUAUCCUGGAUUUGGAUGGGUUAGAAGCGGACGAAUUGAUCACGUCGACUUUUGACCUGAAGACUCUCCUGGCCAAAGCCGAGCGACAGAGAGCGGAGGGUCAAUUAGCGGCCGCCGAAUGCACUUAUGCUGAGCUAUGGCAGCAAGCUAGCCAGGCAUAUCGGCUCGAUCACUCCACUGAGCACAAGGUCUCAAUGCUGCAGACCGUUCUCGAGUAUGCUCACUACCUCAAAGGCCGGAAGAGAGACAAUGAAGCAGCCGCUAUCCUUGCCGGGUUUUGGGAAGAGUACGAGAAGACCACCCCCAGCGCCGAAUCCUUGGUGCCCCACUUGCUUGAGCUUGCUCAGGUCAUGAAGUCCGUGGGACUGUCUGUGUUGGCCCUCGAAACCUUCAAACACUGCGCACAAAGCACUAGCAGCCAGAGUGCCACCCACAAGGAAGUGGAAAAGCACAUCCAGUCCACAUCACGGGAAGUGAUAUGCUCAUCGUCUACUGAAUCUAUGUUGACGGAGUCAACCCUCAAAGAAAUAGUCUAUAGUAGCACAUCUAGCAACCAGGAUUCCACCACAGCGACCACAACGCUGGUCGAAAUGUACCUUUCUCAACACCGGUGGCAUGACGCCACAAGCGUGUUGAAGCGAGUGCUGCGAGAUGUGUGGCCAGCGAUGUUUGCGCCCUCGAUCGAAAACGUCGUCCUUCCAUCAAUCCAUGUUGAGUACUGCCUUGAGCUUGCAGAGCGUCUCGCUAGCUGCUACCGUUACCGCCGUCGCCCGAUUAAGGAAGAGGAUAUCCGGAGCCGGCUUUAUAGUGCAGUUCGGCGUGAUCGGCCAGCGUGUGGAGAUCAGAUUUUGGAGCGAGUUACGGUAAAUCUCCUUCGCCUAUACGAGCGUACAUCCCAGACCGACAAAGCCGUCAAAAUCCACCAGGAUAUACUGCAUGAUUAUACCAAGCGGUUCGGGGGGGAGCAUCCCACUGUAAUACAAAAGCUCUGGACACUGGCCGAGCUCACGAGCCCGCAGCCCAUCGCAGUGGAUUACUAUCGCCAGAUCGUCCAGUUCUUGUGCAAGGGCUCGGAAAUCUGUCACCCGGAUGCCUUCGAGCCACUUUUGAUCGUGGCGAUGGAGCUCUUGAAGCAAAAUCGAUACGCGGACGCGCUAAAGCCCUGCCGAAUGUUGUUCGCCACCCUGCAGAGCCCCCAGAUCAGCCAGAAAUUGCGCGAUCCAGGAUUUGUCCAGACCAUAUACAGACGUUAUGUCCAUUGUCUGCGUGAGACUCACAGUGACAUCACUGUCAUUCAUGAUGUGACGGUGCAAUAUCGCAAAUCGUGCAUUAGCCUCUUCGGCACGAGCGCGUCGAUCACUAUACAGGCAACAAACACGCUGGCGAACAUCUGCCAAGAGCACAAGCAAUUCGAAGCGGAAGCGGUGCAACUCUACGAAGAACUCUUGCAGAUUACAUCCAGUGAAGUUGAAAUCGACCGUCAGGAUAUCCGCACCACCUUGGAUACUAUCUACGAGCAACAGACUGCCUCCGUGACUGCUUCAAGGGUGGAUAGCAUGUCGGCAAAGGAGCUACAGAAGGCGUUGUCCAUCCGCACCCAACGGCUGACGUCCAUCCGGUCCAGAUACGGAUGGGCCCACGAGGAAUCCCUAUCGCAGAUGGAAGAGAUCGUCUCACUCUAUACCAAACAAGGGAAGUCACAGACAGCUGCUUCAUUGCUACAUGAAGCAGCAACGCAUGUGCUAUCGACCGAGACAUUCUCUAUUAAAUUGAGUGCGGCGGCCAGGAGCAUUGCAUCUGGGUACAUCGCAGCCGGUCAAAUCCAAAAGGCCAAGGAGCUCUCAAACGACAUCUACCUUCAGAUUAUGACUAAGGAUACCAGCCUUGGCUUCGACCAGAGUUCAAAAGGGCGGUUAAGCCUUGUUUUCCUGGCUCAGCUCGAAAGCAGCAUCCGGGAGUCUGAAGACACCUCUACUACUUUGAAUGAAAUCUACGCCGCCCUCACCACGGAGUACAUAUACUUCGAACAGUUCCGAGAAGCCCUCAGCUCCAAAACUGGCAAGAUCAAGGACACGACGACAACGGUGGCCCGCCUGCAUGCGUUCUUACUUAGCCGAGGCCGUCAAUCCGCUGCCACUCAGGUGGCGGACCAGUAUACCAGCUUCUUCCUAGCGAACGAGGGGUCCCGCCUGGAUAUCGACCCUAACCAGGCUAAGGUCUUUAUUGAGGCAGUUCUAGAAUAUUUCGGCACCCAUGCCUCACACGACUUUGUCCGUUCAGUGGCUAUCGCUAGUUACAACCGCGCAACCCAGCUGCUUCACUCCGGAGACUACCAGCUUGCCUGCCACCUCGCAUUGGCGGCGAGGAAAUACAUUAGUGCCAACCAUGGCUACUCGUCCCAGGCGAUAGUCAAGCUGGUGUUCAAGCUGGGUCUUCUCAUCGCCGGCCGAGAAAAAGACGUACGUCCAGCAGCCUCGGCCAAGAAGUACAUGGCGAGCGUAUCGGCGAGUAUUCUGCGUGAUACCUUGAGGUAUUUCAAAGAUCACAACGUUGAGCUCACACAACUGGAUGUGGAAAACGUCAAUAGCUUGAUCAAGGUUCUCGAUGAGCAACAUGACUACCACACCUUGGCCUGGGUUCUCACCUCCCUCUGGAACAGCCGGGAGGCCCACGCUUUGUCACAGCCGCAGCAUGCAUAUACGCUUGCCCUCGGGCGCAUGCUGGUCAUUACCCGCUAUCUCAUCAGCGAUUACACCGCAGCCGUCCGACUCGCGGAGGAUCUUGUCUACAACUGUGCUCGUGUUUAUGGACCCCGCCACCCGAGUACUGUCGAGAUGACCAUGUAUACCAGCGUGGCCCAAGGCUAUCAAAGCCAGAAGGGUCGGCGCGAGCUGGCCUACCGGUACUAUCGGAAAGCAGCCGCGCUGCACGAGAAUGCAUUGCGUGUGUUCAUUGAUCCGUCCUCGGAAUCAGCCAGCGAUGUGGACAUAGAGGUGAUCUCGGGCAUGUCGUCCCCUUCGGCUGCCUCCAGCCCUGGCGAAAAUGCGGAAGAAGGGAAGCACGUCCGACAACAUUUGCAUAUGCUCAAACUUGCCUAUGAACGGCUUAAUCGUGAUCUCUUCAGCACAUUCGCGAAUGAUCUGGAGGGAGUGGAUGGUGUCGACAAAUGGAAUGUGCAGUCAUUUGGGUCCGGCAAGGCUGAGGCCAGUGACGACCUUAUCUCCUUUAAUAGCGAGCACCUGGCAAUUCCUGUUUGA